AUGGACGCGCGAGUCCCAGGCUCAGACAACCCUGAUGCGGAGGUUGUAAAUGCUAAUGUUAAUACGAAUGCGAUUGCGAUUGCGAAUGCCAACGCCAACGCGAAUGCCAACCUUCCUGCCACUGCCCCUGCUACUGCCGACAAUUCCAACGAGGCCGAGAUGACAGACACUCACGACACAAAUACUGGGCAGAACGACCAGGCUGAUGAGACGCAAGCCCCCGAGGAUCGCCCUUUGCUGGAUGCGCUCCCAGAGGCAGAGCCUCCUGCUCCGGCAAAGGAGGCCACAGGCUUCAAUUUUCUCGAUUUUCUGACCUCGCCGAUCGUUGAAAUCGCAGUCGGCACAAGCGACAACGAAAUCGUUCUGAAAGCACACCAAACCGUUCUGAUCGAGUCGCCUUUCCUUUCUCAGUUCGUGGAAAAAUUCGAUGAAGCAGACCCGCACAAUCCGACACGACCACGGGGACGCUGGAUGCUGCGUCGACAACGGACAAUACUGAAGAAGACCUGCUUUGCCAUGCCCGUGUAUACAUUGGCGGAGAAACUGGGCAUGCCUGCCCUGAAGAGCCUUGCUCACAAGAAGAUUCACCAGGUUAACGGUACACCCAGUGGCAAGCUGGCCUACGCUCGCUAUGUCUACACCCAUACCUCUGAAGAUGACACUACGAUUCGGAAGCCCGUCGCUUCAUACUGGGCUUCCCGUAGCCAUGUUCUACGACAUCAGGUUGAGGACGAGUGGAAGAAGAUUGGUAUCGACAUUCCCGUAUUCUGCUACGAUGUGUUGAGUCUGGUCCUGAACCGCAGGGAAAAGACUGCCCCAAUCGAUACAGAGGGACCCCAAGAGGUCCUGGCCGCAAGCGGCUGCGCAGUGAAAAUUAAAUGGAGAGAAACAGUGGUUGUACAAUCGGAAUAUCUAUCAAGUGACAGGAUCGAUACCGUCUGA